GCUCCGCCUCGCGGUGCGGAGCCCCGCUACAGUGACCACCGGCCAGGGGGAGACCGGCACCUGGACCAUGAUCUACGACGAGGGCUUCGAGGUGGCGGUCGGCGGCAAGGUGUUCUUCGCCUUCUCGAAGUUCGAGAUGGUCGCGGACGGGCAAG